UAGUAAUCGAGAGGUCCAAUUGAUAUUAUUUACGCGUUUGGUAUGAUAUUGCUGUACAGUUGAUAACUGGAGCUCCAGAAUCGAGUACAGAGACGAUGAACCAGAAGUGGAUCGGGUGCGGUUGCGUGCUCCUUUCGCUGCUCUUCGUUGCCAUUGCGCAGGACGAACCAGACCUCGGCUCAGCUCGUGUUGUUUUUCAGACGAAUUAUGGAGACAUUGAGUUUGGAUUCUAUCCUACCGUGGCGCCCAAGACGGUUGAGCACAUCUUCAAACUUGUCCGUUUGGGAUGCUACAACACUAACCAUUUCUUUCGGGUUGAUAAGGGCUUUGUUGCGCAAGUGGCAGAUGUCGUUGGUGGAAGAAUAGCUCCCAUGAAUGAAGAGCAAAGAGUGGAAGCCGAGAAAACUGUUGUUGGGGAAUUUAGUGAUGUCAAGCAUGUAAGAGGGAUCCUUUCUAUGGGGAGGUAUUCUGAUCCAAACAGUGCAUCAUCCUCAUUUUCAAUACUUCUGGGAGAUGCCCCUCACCUUGAUCGACAGUAUGCUAUUUUUGGAAGAGUUACACGUGGUGAUGAGACUUUGAGAAAGUUUGAGCAGCUUUCUACCCGUCGUGAGGGGAUCUUUGUUAUGCCAACUGAGCGCAUUACCAUUUUGUCCUCGUACUAUUAUGAUACAAAGAUAGAAACGUGUGAACAGGAGAAUUCAGUCUUGAGGAGAAGACUCACUGCAUCGGCUGUUGAAAUUGAAAGACAGAGAAUGAGAUGCUUCCCAUGACCCAACAAGUGAAAAGCUGGCCAAGAAGAAAAUUGUAUAGCUACUUCAUUUGGAUAUCUCAUGCAUCAUGUCUAUAUUUUGUUCCCAUGAAUUAGGGCCUACAUAUUUAGAUACUGAAGCCUGAAUUACCCAGCUCCAAGAAGUGCAAAAAACACAAGCAACUAUAGCUGCAUAAUCCUUGUGUUCCAUACUUCCAUUGUCUUUUGGCUGUGCCUGUUCUUUGCUAAUCCUAUACUUGAAAUUUGGUGAAGCUCUAA